UUGUGGUAGUUGUUGAUUGAUUCCUAGUUGUAAAUUAGGGUUUACCAUAAUUUUUAUUCUUUGUGGGUCUCAAAUUGGGACCAAUUUUUUUUGUUUGAUUGCUCUAGAUAAUUGAAUGUGUAUUAUUGAAAUGUUCCCUUUUUAUGGUUUUUCCUUUACUUUAAGUACUGUGUCUUGCUAUUAUUUGAUUCCUAGAAUUAUUGGUCGUUAGGGUUUUGUUACUCAGACUCGGGUAUAAGACUCGAAUACCGGUAUAUUCAAGGAUUUUUGGGAGUCCGAAUAUGUUUUGGACAUGGGUUUUUCGAGUUAAACAAAGGGUCUCAGCAACUUUGGAUAAGGAUUAAAUUCAUUAGGAUUUUGGCUUUUGAUAGUAUGAGCUCAAACGGAUAGAUCACUUGGAACUUCAGCUCUUUCGUAUUAGUCAUAAUGAAAGGAAGGAGGAAAGCCAGUAUAGCUAAUCUUGUCCCAAAUUUGCAAGGUUGAAUCUAUGAUCUAUUUUGAUGUUGUUGUUGCUUAAGUUGUUUGUUUUAGAUGGAUGGAGAUCGAUAUUUGCUUAAAGCUUGUUUGGUUUGAGAAGUGAUUGCUUGUUUAGUCGAACCUAAUUGGUACUAGUAUAGUGGAUCGGGGUGGUAUCUGUUAACCUUUUUAGCGUAUAGUUCGGGAACGAGCGGAGAAUCUAUUGUUUCAUUGAAGUGGAUUAACAAUUUUUCUAGUUUGUCCCGUCUAGGUCCGAGAAAGAUGGUUGAACUCCAAUUCUGUGAGAUUUAGAGGUCAGUUUAUUUUCUUGAUAUGCCAGGAUUCGGUUUAGUUAUCUGUUCUUUCAUGUGUUAUGCUUUAUGUUGUGUUAUGUGAUUGAAACUUUUUUUCCGAGCAAGCCUUGUUAUAUUUUCAGGAUCUGGGGACAAAAUUUUCCAGUUUAUACAAUGAUGAUUGUGUGAAGUGUUCUAUGAGUUUUAUCUCUCUGAUGGAGUGGAACGAACAGACCCCGUUGCAAUGGGACUGGGAAAACCUAAUGUUAAACGCAACAGCAACUGAAAUCCCGAGAAGGCUAAGACCCGUAGAGUGGGAUAUUGAUGAAGGGGAAGGAGGAUUGGACUCUGUGUCUGUCAAUUCUUCCAGUGUUGCUGGUUGUAGUGGUGGUUCUGGCUCGGAUUUAGGCCUUGUGUCUUUGUCUAAAAAUUUGAAAUCGGCAUCCAUUGAUUCUUUAUCUAUGGGGGAGGCAAAAUUGACCAAAUUUACUUUGGAGGCUUCUGAAGCUAUCCCAGAUGAUAUAAGCAAUAAGAAAGAAGUUUCUGGGAUUGAGACAACCAGUACUUCCUUGACACUCGUGGCUUCUGUUGGCUCUGGUGAGCCAUUACUCAGUUUAAAGCUUGGCAAACAAACAUACUUUGAAGAUGUUAGUACGGGAACCAAUGCUACGGAUUCAUCUUAUUCUGCCACUCUGGGAACAUCAUCUCCUUUAUCUGCAAAGAGAUCCAAACUGAAUUGUCGAAGCACACAUGUUGUACGUUGCCAAGUCAAAGGCUGUAACCUUGACCUUUCUUCUGCUCGAGAUUACCAUCGGAAACACAAAGUUUGUGAAAAUCAUUCAAAGAGUCCGAAGGUCAUUGUUAGCGGUCUGGAACGCCGGUUCUGCCAGCAAUGUAGCAGGUUCCAUGCGCUGUCGGAAUUUGAUGAAAACAAACGAAGCUGUCGUCGGCGACUUUCCGACCACAAUGCGAGACGCCGCAAACCGCAAACUGAAGCUACCCACUUCAAUGCUGCAAGGAUUCCAUCAUUGUCAUCAUCGUCAUAUGAUGGGAAGCAACGUACGAGUUUUGUCUGGAAUGAAGUCCCAAUUCUUCAUAAUGCUAGACCCAACAAGAAAUUUGCAUUGGAAGGCACGUUCUACUCCAAGUCCUCUCAAAUGACAAGUUAUACGCCUACGAAACUUGGAAACAUCAAUGAACAGGUGCAACUAAAUCCCAUCACGAUGCGAUGUCAUGAUUUCAACAAAUUCCUACCCUCUAAGGGUAAGCAAAACACGGCUGAGGUUCUUGAUGGAGGUGUAGAACAAUCUAUGGUUGCUUCAAACACCGGCAGAGCUCAAGAACUUCAACGUGCUCUCUCUCUUCUGUCAAAUGAUUCCCAGAUUUCAAGUGAACCGAAACACGGUUCACUUACCUACCCCAUUAUGCAUGUCAACCUUACCAGUACAUCUCAGCCAGCAAUGAAUGCAAUCCCACAAGGUUUUCAACAUGCCUUGCCAGAAAACUGGCAGAUCGAACAAGAAGAAGAAACAACCACCAAGUCCCGCAUGCAUACUAGCGACGUCGACGACCGUUUUCGGGAGUUCCUAUUGCUUAAGGCUCCAUAUGAUGGUGGCUUUUACUCCUGAAUUGACCACACAACCAUUCAAUCAACUUUCUUAGUUAAUAUCGAUGCCCAUGUUAGCCGCAUUUGCCGCCAUUGUAGGGAGCUAUUUCAGAUAUGAAAGAAGUAUCAGGCUAUUCGAUGA